GGGUUUAUCCAGCAACAAUAAGCGUGGAUGGGAUCAUUAAACAUGCUCGAGAUGUGGUUUUACUCCAUCGCGGACCGAGAGGAUGUCCCCAGCCGAAGCAAGGUAACGUUACUCAUGGUCACCAGAUUUUAGUGUAAAUUGUCUUUCCCAAAGGCAUUGGGGCUGGCUAUUGAUUUGUACCCAUAACCUUUAAAUUCUAACGUAAGUCAACAAACUUUCUAACCAAAAGGCUACCUUGCCACAUGUAAGAUGUAAGUCUUUAAAUCCAUGGAGACUUGACGUCAACGCACUUGUGACGUACCGAAACCAGGAAGUCAGAUCGCAAACAGCAAUGGCGACUGCUUCUUUCUCGGAGAAAGUCGGCGACGAUUUCAUUCAGUGCACGAUCUGCUGCUACAACUUCAAGAAGCCGAAGAUUCUUCCUUGCUUGCACACCUUUUGUGCGCACUGUCUGCGGGAAUGGGCCCAGAAGAACGACGGCGUUACCUUUCCGUGUCCUAUUUGUCGUGAGCCAGUCUCACUGCCCCAAAAUGGCGUUGAGGGUUUUAAGGACAACUUUUUCCUCGCUAGCCUGGUGAAAGCCGUGACCGAGCAAAAGAAGGUUCGCCACCGGCAAGAUGGCCUCCUCUGUACCACGUGUGACGAAGGGAAGCCAGCCACCUCCAGGUGUUCGGAGUGUGCAGAGUUUCUGUGUGAGAGCUGUGAGUCGGCACAUCGUCUUCAGAGAGCUACCAAGGGCCACACCCUCUUCACGUUUGAGGAACUGAAGACGGGCAAAUACGACGGCGUGUUCAAGACAAGGAAAUCUCCUCCGUGCUCCAAACACUCCGGAGAAAUCCUUAAGCUCUACUGCAUGACAUGUGGGACACCGAUAUGCAACGAAUGUGCCUUGUUUGAACACAGGGACUCACAACACGACCUCAAGCGCAUUGAAGAGGUGGCCACUGAGAAGAGAAAAACAAUCUUAGAUCUCACGCCUCACUGUCAGGCCCAAGUGCAAUUCUUCCAACGGACACAAGAAGUUCAGAGCCGUUUGAAGGAACAACUUCAGAUAAAUACAGCGUUGGCUCGUCAGAACGUCCACCAAACUGUACAAACAAUGAUUGCCCUGGUAAAGGAAGAAGGCGAGCGGCUUCUAGCUUGCAUCGAUACAGAAGAAACAUCCAGGAAGAAACAGAUUGAAGCAGAUAUGGAGAAAGUGCAGAUCAGUCUGGCUAGCGCCAAGAGCACAUGUGAGUUUGCAGAUACUCUAGCUCGGGAGGGAGGCGACUACGAAGUAGCGUCUUUCUCAAAGGAUCUGACGACGAGACUGAACGACUUGAUCAAACCACCUGUAGAUACAGUGGACUUCAAACUGGCAAACAUCACAGUGGAUUACUCGGAUAUCGAGCGCAAGUUUAAACAAAACAUCCCGCCACUUGCCCAAUACAGCCUGACAAAGUCAACGGAGAGAGAACUACGUGCGUCACAGAAACCCGCGAGCUGCAAGACAGACAAUGGCCCGAAACAAAAGGGGCGGGGCGGAAAUGUGAGCAGAAUGACAGGUGGUAAGUAG